CCAAAAGUCACGCCAGACUGCAUGUCGCCGAAACAUGUGCGCCGAGUUUUGCCGAUUUUGCGACCGCCCAGGGGCUGAAGGUGGCUACCGUGCGUCGGAACUGGACGUGGAAAAGCUGGAAAAGUGGUUUUCGGUUAAUUUGGACAUCAAAUUUGCUGACAAGAUCCAGGACGACGACUUUUUCUGUUACUUCUGCGUUUGGGACGCCAGGUUCGUCCAUGAAAAUAAGGUAAAUGGAGCCGCAGUUGCUACGUCGGAUGACCUCUGCUGGUGGCCAGAUUUGGUGCCGGAUAAUGCUAGAACCCUGUUUAAUAGCUACAAGGCUGGAGAGGUCCUGCCCUGUUCGGUGUCUUUGGAUGCGGAAGAAAUUAAUCUUUGGCUAUCAGGUGGAAAGAAAAAGAAUGGCCCUGACCAGAAGCAAGCGCAAAAUUCGAGUUUUGAGUGCGUCUAUUGCAACAAAAGCUUUAAUCAGAAAGGCUACGUGGCUCAGCACGUUUUCAAAAUUCACCCAGAUAUAGCUUUAAGGUGUGAUUACAAAAAGAGUUGCACUAGUUUCUUCAAAAGUUUGAAGGAAAAAGAUGAUCACAUAAGAAAAUUUCACUUGACCCCAAAGGUUGAACCUUUUCUUGUUUGCAUUUACUGUGAGAAGCGCAACUUAACCCCUAUAAAAUUCGCUCUUCACAUGAGAAAAGUGCAUUCUGACAUUUCUAUUAGAUGUAAAAAUAGAAGAUGUGUUAGUUAUUUCAAAACUCAAGCUGACUUUGACAAACAUUGGGCCAAAGAACACAAAAACUUGCAAGAGAUAAAAAAAUUCAAGUGCUCAAUGUGCAAAUAUGAAUCUAGUAAUAAUGCCCAUCUGGCUCAUCAUGAGGCUACAAAGCACCUGAAGACGGAGGAGUCUUUCCAGUGCCCACAAUGUUUCAUUUUUCUAGUGAGCAAAGUAGCCUUAAAAGAGCAUCUUGAUCUGAAACACAGGUUUAGAGUUUGCCCUGCGUGCCAAAUACUCGUUCCGAUGAAAUCAUUUGACUGUCAUUUCACCUUAGUUUGGUGUUGGAAGUGCAAAACUGAGAGUUUUUGUCGUGGUUUGAACAGACAGCACUUGAGGACGUGCAAAGGACAGCCACUCACAUGUGAUUUUUGUGGUCAAAUUUUCACAAUGAAGACGGCUUUGCAAUGCCACAUUAGCAAAAUGCAUUUGAGCGUCAACUACAGCAAUUUCCUGCUAUCUCAAUAUUUUCCUCUAAAGAAUGAAACAGCUUGAAAUUAUAGAAGUGAUAUGUGAAAAUUAUUAUGACUGUAGUUCUAAAAAACUGUCGACUUGAGGAAACAGAGGGUUUUCAUCUAAAAGUGAAAUUAUACUUAAUAAAAUUGUUUCUAAAAUCAUUUUAGAACUUAAAUAAAUAAAUCAAAAUCGCAUGAAUUAAAAAAAAGAAGCAUUUCAUUUCAAAAUUCUCAGUAUGAGAUUUGGAAUCAAAUUAAUUAAUAUUAAUUAUUAAUUAAAUAUUAAUGUAUGUAAGAUGU